UCUGUGUGAUAUAAAGGCAAACACUGUGUGCAGCGAUUGAGGUGCUGUGUCGCCUCCGUCCUGUGGAUUACUCCUCUCGUGUACGGCGUGGGGUAGGGAACUCUCACGCGCUGCUUUAAUAAUCCAACAGCUGCGCGGCGGCGUCGUCGCGGCACGCGCAUCUCUAAGUGCCCGUCCUCGGCGGGAACUCCGCGCGCGCGGUCUUCAUGAGAGAAGCGCCGCUUACAGACGCCGCUCGGUGUGAGGCGAAGUCGGGCUGCCGGAACGGGCACGAGAAGAAGUAGAAGGUCGCCUCGCCUCCAUGGAGCCGGACAAGCAGGGUCGCAGCGCGGUCGCGAAGAUCUUCAAAGUCCGCAAGAGGAGGGAGAUGCUCCUGGCGCAGGUCUGCUUCGUCUGCGGCGUUCUACUCGCGGCGUGGGGCAUGUCGUCGCUGCUCACCCAAACAGGUCAUGGGAUGAUUGUCAAAGGAGAUCUUCAGACCAAAGACCGUUGGGGGCGGCGACUGAUGGCGCUCAUGGGUGACAAUGGCACAGAGGAGAAAAACUGCACCAAGCCAGCAAUCUACGAGUUCCCGGAUGACAUGUUCACCAACAGCGAGCGCCAACAGGGGGCAGUGUUGCUGCACAUCAUUGCGGCACUCUACAUGUUCCUGGCCCUCGCAAUUGUGUGUGACGAUUUCUUUGUGACCUCACUGGAGAAGAUCUGCGAGAAGCUGCAUUUAAGUGAGGAUGUUGCUGGGGCAACCUUCAUGGCUGCAGGGAGCUCAGCCCCAGAGCUUUUUGCCUCAAUUAUAGGAGUCUUCAUCACACAUGGGGAUGUGGGUGUUGGCACCAUCGUCGGUUCAGCAAUGUUCAACAUUCUCUGCAUCAUCGGUGUCUGCGGCAUCUUUGCCGGACAGGUGGUGUUGCUGACCUGGUGGUCGGUAUUCCGGGACUCCUUUUACUACACUUUAUCUGUGGUGGCUCUGAUUGUGUUCAUCUAUGAUGAAAAGAUAGUGUGGUGGGAGAGCCUGAUCCUGGUGGUCAUGUAUGUUGGAUAUAUCCUCAUCAUGAAAUUUAACACCAGCAUGCAGAAUUUCUUCACAGGGAAGAGGAACAAGAGUGUUGCCAAUGGCAACACUGUGUGCAGUGAGCUGGAGGAUGGUAAUGAUUGUUAUGACAGUAUUUGGGAUGACCCAUCAUUGCCUUUGCUCUCUCCAGUGAGGCCUGUGAAGCCUUAUCCCCAAGACUCUGUGGUCAUGGUGGAUGAGAUCAUGAAUGCCAGCCCUCCGAAGUUUGGCUUUCCCGAGGCUGGGCUCCGAGUCAUGAUCACUGACAACUUUGGGCCUAAGACUCGCCUCCGCAUGGCCGGCCGUCUCAUCAUCACAGAGCGGCAGAAGCUAGCGCGGGAUGCAAACGGGGUGGAGACACCAGCCGUGGUGCUGGGAACGCUGGAGAUGGAGAAUGGGAGUGUGGUAGCUGAUAAACCAGAUAAGGAGGCAGACCUGUCUUCACCCUUCUCUGUGCCAGAGGGUGCUAUGGAUAAAGUAAAAUGGCUGAUCUCUUGGCCUGUGCUGCUGUUGCUGUUCUUCACUGUACCAAACUGUGCCAAGCCACGAUGGGAGAAGUUCUUCAUGCUCACAUUUUUUCUGGCAACACUCUGGAUAGCAGUGUUUUCCUACAUCAUGGUGUGGAUGGUGACUAUAAUCGGGUACACCUUGGGAAUCCCAGAUGUUAUCAUGGGCAUCACAUUCCUGGCUGCUGGGACCAGUGUUCCUGACUGCAUUGCCAGUCUCAUCGUGGCUCGUCAAGGCCUUGGAGACAUGGCUGUAUCAAACACCAUCGGCAGCAAUGUAUUUGACAUCCUGGUGGGCCUUGGUGUACCCUGGGCAUUACAGACAAUGGUUGUCAGUUAUGGCUCAGAGGUGCAAAUCAACAGCCGUGGACUGGUAUAUGCAGUGGUGCUGCUGCUGGGCUCCGUGGCGCUCACUGUCUCUGGGAUCCAUAUCAACAAGUGGAGGCUGGAUGUGAAGCUGGGCAUAUAUGUGCUGGUGCUUUACGCAGUGCUCCUCUGCUUCUCCAUCAUGAUAGAAUACAAUGUUUUUACCUUCGUCAACCUACCCAUGUGCCAGGCGGAGCUGUAACGUUGUCAGAGAUCAUAACAUUCUGAAGAACCAUCUUUGCCUACUGAGCCUCCAUUCUACCCUCUUCACAAACUUUUUUUUUUUAUGCUUUUCAUGAUCAACUUAUCUCCAGCCUUCUUCAUGAGAGGUGUGAUACCUCUGUCUAGACCAAGUAACCUUGUUAAGACAGGGGUGUUUUUUUUUUUGUUCCCCCCCCACCUUUCAGCACAAGUUUCCUCAA